AUGUGUGGGCAUGUGCCGCGCGGCCUGCUGUUCUUGGCCUUAUACACCAGCCUGGCCAUUGCAGCCGAACCUCCGAGUCAACCGAGCGCCCCCAACUUCAUACUCCUUUCGCUCGAUGGCGGGAUCCUCCCCAGCACCUGGGAGGUGGCCUAUGACCAGACCAUCAUCGAGUUCACCUGCUGCUGCCUGCACGGCGACGACACCGGGGACUGCGGCGUGGUGGCGCAGGCGUAUGGGCUGGGUCAUGAGAUGGCCACACACACCAUGACGCACAGCGAGGAGACCCUAGAGUACAGCUAUGAGCAGUGGGCGGAGGAGAUUGGGGGGCAGCGCGACUGGCUGGCCGGCACCUGCAGCAUACCGGAGGAGGAGGUGGUUGGGUUCAGGGCUCCCAACUUCCAAAUCAACAACCUGAUGGGCCGCGUGCUGGCAGACCUGGGCUUUGGGUACGACUCGAGCCUGACCGGCUUCGAGGACAGCCAGUCGGGCUGGCUCAAUGGCACCUAUGACCUCGACUUCUGCCAGGACAAUGCCGAGGAGAGGGCCAAGUGCAGCGAGUGGGAGGAGCUGCCGCUGUGGGAGGUGCCCGCCUAUCUCGCGCCCGGCAGCUUCCGCAGGACGGACCCUGCCCCCGUGGACGGCAUGUCGAUCGUCGAGAGGCUGCAGGCUGACUUCGAGCGCAAGCGCGGCACCGGCAUCCCGGUGUCCAUAAACGUGCAUGAGCCGUACCUGGCAGACAGCGCCAGCCGCGAGGCGGUGAUUGAGUUCCUGGGCUGGGCUUUUGAGCAGCCAGGGGAGACGUGGGCACUGACACACCAGCAGUACAUGGAGUGGAAGCAGGCGCCCGCUGGCACCCCGGUGGAGGCGGUCGUGGGCAAGUACCCUUGCGACUCGAGCUGA